AUAUCAGUACCACCUCUUCCAUUCCCUGCAAUGAGAUCGCUUGCGGUUUUUUCGUGGCUUUUCUUGAUGCCCAUUUACUCACUUUUCUUAAUUAGCAUUUGUGUCUUUGGCGUGUCUGGCCAAUGUUUCGGCAAUCAGCAGUCGUUGUUGCUGCAACUGAAGAACAACCUUACAUUCGAUCCUGCUAUGACGUCCAACAAACUUGUUAAGUGGGAUCAAAGUAUUGAUUGCUGUUCUUGGGAAGGCAUAACCUGCCAUGAGGGACGUGUUAUUGGUCUCGACCUGAGCAAUGAAUCCAUCUCGGGUGGACUUGACGAUUCAAGCAGCCUCUUCAAUCUUCAGCAUCUCCAGAGCCUGAGUUUGGCUUACAACGACUUCAACUAUUCUCAAAUUCCAUCACAAUUUGACAAGCUGGCGAAUUUGAGAUAUUUGAAUCUAUCAUACGCCAACUUUGCAGGGCAGAUUCCUAUUGCAAUUUCGCGUUUGACAAGGUUGGUUACUCUUGAUUUAUCUAGCAAUUAUUACACCUACAAAGCUGCUUAUUCUCUGACACUUGAGAAUCCAAAUUUAAAUAUGCUCAUUCAGAACCUUUCAAAGCUUAUCGAACUUCAUCUAGAUGGUGUAGUUAUAUCAGCCCAAGGUAAGGAGUGGUGUCACGCCUUAUCAUCUUCAUUGCCAAAUCUGAGAGUGUUGAGCUUGUCAUACUGCAAUCUUUCAGGCCCUAUUGAUUCGUCACUACGGAAUCUUAAGUCCCUCUCAGUUAUUCGUUUGAAUGGUAACGACUUUUCUUCUCCAGUUCCAAAUUUUUUUGCAGAUUUCAAAAAUCUGACAUCUUUGAAAGUCUCAUCUUCUGGGUUGAAUGGAACAUUUCCAAAAAAGAUCUUCCAAGUUCCAAUGCUACAAACGCUUGACUUAUCAUUCAAUGAUUUGCGAGGGUCAUUGCCACAUUCUAUUGGCAAUCUUAAAAUGUUGUCAACAAUAGAUAUUCGGAAUUGCAAUUUCAGUGGAUCAAUUCCAGACUCAUUGGCGAGCCUCACACAAUUGGUCUAUUUGGACAUGUCAUCGAACAUGUUUAGUGGAUCAAUUCCAGUAUUUAGCAUGGCCAAGAAUCUAACCGACCUAAACCUUUCUUCCAAUAAUCUUACUGGUCAGAUUACUUCCACUCAGUGGGAACAACUUUUGAAAUUGGAAAAUCUUAAAUUGUAUAGAAAUUCACUGAAUGGGAAUAUUCCAGUUUCUCUAUUUUCCCUUCCAUCAUUGCGAUAUUUAGGACUCUGGUCCAACCAAUUUUCUGGUCAACUCAAAGAAUUUUCCAAUAACCUAAAAUAUAUUUAUUUGGAUAGCAACCGGUUGGAAGGACCAAUACCCAUGUCUAUCUUUGAACUUCGAGGUCUUGAAGGCCUAGCACUUGGUUCAAACAAAUUUAGCAACUCCUUGGACCUUAGUGUGAUUCAGCCGUUAAAAAAUCUUUUCUACCUUGAUCUUUCUGACAUCAACUUGUUAACUGAAUAUAAUGGUUUUAACCUUUCGUUAUCCUUGGUUCAGCUUUAUACAUUAAUUCUCGCUUCUUGCAAGUUGAAAAAAUUUCCCGAUUUCUUGAGAAACCAAUCCAGUUUAUCCUAUCUAGACCUUUCAAAUAACCAAAUCUAUGGUGAGCUUCCAACAAGCAUUGGUCAAUCCCGUGCCUUUGGUGGAUAUUUGUCUCUUUCAAGUAAUAAAUUCUAUGGGAGCAUCCCUCGAUCAAUAUGCAAUGCUACAUAUCUUGAAUUUAUAGAUUUGUCUAGUAAUUUCUUCAGUGGCACAAUUCCUCAAUGCUUGAUUGAGAAGAGUGGUACACUACUCGAGGUACUGAAUUUAAGGAAAAACAAACUCAACGGCACAAUUCCUGAUGCAUUUCCAGAUAAUUGUGGUUUACAAACUUUAGCUCUCAAUAAAAACCAACUAGAAGGAAGGUUACCAAAAUCUUUGGCCAAUUGCUCUAGGUUGGAGGUCUUGGACAUUGGAAACAACCACAUCGAGGGUACCUUUCCAUUUUACUUGAACCACACAUCGUUGAGGGUCCUUGUUUUGCGAUCUAACAAAUUUUACGGGCCCAUUUCUCAUCCAAAACAUAAUGCCCCCUGGCCGAUGCUUCAAAUUGUUGACGUAGCUUCAAAUAAUUUUACUGGUAACCUUCCUAUAAUGCUUCUUUCGUCUUGCAUGGCAAUGAUGGAUCGUGCACAUGAGGCACACUCAAAGCUCAGUUACCUCCAGAUUAGUACUCGUUAUGGUUUUUACUAUCAAGAUACGAUAACAAUUACUAGCAAGGGUUUAGAGGUGGAGUUGGUGAAGAUCCUAACUAACGUCAUGAACCUUGACUUCUCUUGCAACAACUUUGACGGUCCUCUACUUGAAGAAAUUGGAGAACUCACACUGUUAUAUAUUCUUAACCUAUCGCACAAUGCUUUAACGGGCGAAAUCCCAGCAUCUUUGGAAAAAUUGAGUAAGCUUGAGUCUUUAGACCUGUCAAACAAUGAGCUUACCGGUAAGAUUCCUGUGCAACUCGCCAAUGGUCUUAUUUUCCUGUCGGUCCUAAACCUUUCAUUUAACCAACUUGUGGGACAAAUUCCAUUCAUCAAGCAAUUUGCUACAUUUUCGGAAAAUUCCUUCAAAGGAAACGAAAGAUUAUGUGGUUUGCCUUUGAAAUCACAGUGCUCACACGAGGAGUCACGAUUGCCACCUCCGACAUAUGAAGAAAGUCAUUGGAGUAUGAUUGAUUGGAAUUACAUAAGUGCUGAACUGAGAUUUAUUUUUGGGUUUGGAUUUGCAAUUGGGCCCCUUAUGUUCUAGAAGAGAUGGAGGAUAUGGUAUUACAAACAUGUUGAUGACAUUCUUUUCAAGAUCUUCCCUCAACUGUAUCUUGGAAAAGAACAUCGUCGAAGACAAACAUUCAGAAAUCAAGGGCUGAGGCACUAGUUAUAGUUAUGUUCAGAUGCAACACCUCCAGAGAUAUAUUGCUCCAAGUUUACUCUGGAGGAAGUUUGCUGAAGUCUGUAAGGCCUAUCCGAUGGCAGUUAUGCUCAGUUGCUGAUAUACUACUUUAUGUGUAAUAAUUUGCACUACUUUUGUCAUGUUGUCUGAAUUAUAAUUAUUUUCCCUAUUUAUUGCUUUGUCUUAGUGUUGCUUGUGCUUGAAAAGCAUGUGGACCGAAUCCUACUCAAUAAAUAAUUAAUGAAGAAUAUGUAUGCCCCUA